AUGGCGCACAGCUGUCGGUGGCGCUUCCCCGCCCGGCCGGGCACCACCGGGGGCGGCCUCGGCGGGGGGCGGCGGGGCCUGGGGGGCGCCCCCCGCCAGCGCGUGCCGGCCCUGCUGCUGCCCCCCGCGGGACCCCCGGGCGGCGGCGGCGGCGGCGGCGAUCUCGGGGCGCCCCCAUCCCCCCAGGCGGCGGCGGGAAGCGGCGGCGGCGGCUGCAGCGCUAGCGGCGGCAGCAACGGGCCCGGCGCGCCGGGCGCAGCGGCUGCCUCCGUUUCCUCCGCGUCCUCAGCCUCCUCGGCGGCCUCGGCAGCGGCGGCGGCGGCGGCGUCUUCGGCCUCUGCAUCCUCCUCCUCCUCCUCUUCCACCGCCUCCUCCUCCUCCUCCUCCUCCUCCUCAGGGCCGGCGCUGCUCCGGGUGGGCCCCGGUUUCGACGCCGCGUUGCAGGUCUCGGCCGCCAUCGGCACCAACCUGCGUCGCUUCCGAGCCGUGUUCGGGGACAGCGGCGGGGGAGAGGAUGAGCAGUUCUUAGGUUUUGGCUCAGAUGAAGAAGUCAGAGUACGAAGCCCCACGAGGUCUCCUUCAGUUAAAAGUAGUCCUCGGAAACCUCGCGGGAGACCUAGAAGUGGCCCUGACCGAAGUCCAGCCCUCCUCUCAGAUCCACCCGUGUUUCCCCCUCUAAGUAAAACAGAGACCAAAUCUGGAGAUAAAAUUAAGAAGAAAGAUUCCAAAAAUUUAGAAAAGAAGCGAGGAAGACCACCCACCUUCCCUGGAGUCAAAAUCAAAAUCACACACGGCAAGGACAUUUCAGAGUUACCCAAGGGGAGCAAAGAAGAUAGCCUGAAAAAAAUUAAACGGACCCCUUCUGCGACUUUCCAGCAAGCCACAAAGAUUAAAAAAUUAAGAGCAGGUAAACUGUCUCCUCUCAAGUCUAAGUUUAAGACAGGGAAACUUCAACUGGGAAGGAAGGGGGUGCAGAUUGUCCGCAGGCGAGGAAGGCCGCCGUCCAACGAGAGGGCCAAGACGCCCCCAGAUUUGCUCCUCAGCUCGGAGCUGGAGAAGGCCCAACGGGUCCGCAAGGACAAGGAGGGAAGCCCCCCACUCUCGAAGGAGGACAAGUCGGUGGUGAGACAGAGCCCGCGCCGUAUCAAGCCGGUCAGGAUCAUUCCUUCCUCCAAACGGACAGAUGCCACCAUUGCCAAACAGCUCUUGCAGCGGGCCAAAAAGGGGGCCCAGAAGAAGAUCGAGAAGGAAGCGGCCCAGUUGCAAGGGAGGAAGGUGAAGACGCAGGUGAAGAAUAUCAGGCAGUUCAUCAUGCCCGUGGUCAGCGCCAUCUCCUCGCGCAUCAUCAAGACCCCCCGGCGCUUCAUUGAGGAUGAGGACUACGACCCACCCAUCAAAAUCGCCCGACUGGAGGCCACCCCCAACAGCAGGUUCAGCGCCACCUCCUGUGGCUCGUCUGAGAAGUCCAGCGCCACAUCCCAGCACUCCUCCCAGAUGUCCUCCGACUCGUCGCGCUCCAGCAGCCCCAGCGUCGAUACCUCCAUAGACUCCCAGGUCUCCGAGGAGAUCCAGGGCCUGCCCGAGGAGCGCAGCGAGACCCCCGAAGUCCAUCCUCCACUGCCCCUGCCCCUGCCCCAGUCCCCCGAGAACGAGAGCAGUGAUCGCCGGAGCCGCAGGUAUUCGGUGUCGGAGAGGAGUUUCGGGUCCAGAGCGGCCAAGAAGUUGCCCACGCUGCCCACUGUGCCCCCGCAGCCCAGCUCCUCCUCACCACCGCCACCCCUGCUCAGCCCCCCGCCGCCACCGCUGCAGCCAGCCUCCAGCCUCGCUGACCACACGCCCUGGCUCAUGCCACCCACCAUCCCGCUCGCUUCACCCUUCCUGCCCGCCUCGGCCGCACCCCUGCCAGGGAAGCGAAAAUCGAUCCUGCGAGAACCGACGUUCAAGUGGACUUCCUUAAAGCAUUCGAGGUCGGAGCCACAGUACUUUUCCUCAGCCAAGUAUGCCAAAGAAGGUCUGAUUCGCAAACCAAUAUUCGAUAACUUCCGACCCCCGCCGCUCACCCCCGAGGACGUGGGGUUCGCCCCUGGCUUCUCCCCAGCCGGGUCGGCCGCUUCGGCCCGGCUGUUCUCACCACUCCACUCGGGAACGCGCUUCGACCUGCACAAGCGGAGCCCUCUUCUGAGAGCCCCGAGGUUUACUCCAAGUGAGGCGCACUCCAGAAUAUUUGAAUCUGUCACCUUGCCCAGUAAUCGGGCUUCUGCCGGGACAACCUCCUCUGGGGUGUCCAGCAGGAAAAGGAAGCGGAAAGUGUUCAGUCCCAUUCGAUCUGAGCCCAGGUCUCCGUCUCACUCCAUGAGGACAAGAAGUGGAAGGCUUAGCACUUCGGAGCUCUCGCCUCUCACCCCGCCAUCGUCUGUCUCUUCCUCCUUAAGCAUUUCUGUUAGUCCUCUUGCCACUAGUGCCUUAAACCCAACUUUUACUUUUCCUUCUCAUUCCCUGACUCAGUCUGGGGAAACAACCGAGAAAAGCCAGAGAGCAAGGAAGCAGCCCGGCGCUCCGGCCGAGCCGUUUUCGUCCAGCAGCCCUUCGCCUCUUUUCCCUUGGUUUACUCCAGGCUCUCAGAGCGACCGAGGGAGAAAUAAGGACAAGGCCCCCGAGGAGCUGUCCAAAGAUCGAGACGCGGACAAGAGCGUGGAGAAGGACAAGAGUAGAGAGAGAGACCGGGAGAGAGAAAAAGAGAAUAAACGCGAGUCCAGGAAAGAGAAAAGGAGGAAGGGAGCAGAGAUUCAGAGUAGCACGGCUUUGUAUUCCGUGGGUAGGGUUUCCAAAGAGAAGGUUGUGGGUGAAGAUGUGGUCGCUUCGUCUUCUGCCCAAAAGGCAAGUGGGCGGAAGAAGUCUUCAUCACUCGAUUCUGGGACUGAAAUUGCUUCUGUGACUCUUGGGGAUUCGACAGCUGUCAAAACCAAAAUCCUUAUCAAAAAAGGGAGAGGAAAUCUGGAAAAAACCAACCUGGACCUCGGCCCAACUGCCCCAUCCCUGGAGAAGGAGAAAGCCCUCAGCCUUUCUGCUCCUUCAUCUAGCACUGUUAAACAUUCCACUUCCUCCAUAGGCUCCAUGUUGGCUCAGGCAGACAAGCUUCCAAUGACUGACAAGAGGGUUGCCAGCCUCCUAAAAAAGGCCAAAGCCCAGCUGUGCAAAAUUGAGAAGAGCAAGAGUCUUAAACAGACGGACCAGCCCAAAGCACAGGGUCAAGAGAGCGAUUCCUCGGAGACCUCUGUGCGAGGACCCCGGAUUAAACAUGUCUGCAGAAGAGCUGCCGUAGCCCUUGGCCGGAAACGCGCCGUGUUUCCUGACGACAUGCCCACCCUGAGUGCCUUACCCUGGGAAGAGCGAGAGAAGAUUCUGUCUUCCAUGGGGAAUGACGACAAGUCAUCCAUUGCUGGCUCAGAAGAAGCUGAACCUCUUGCUCCCCCAAUCAAACCAAUUAAACCCGUCACCAGAAACAAGGCACCACAGGAACCUCCCGUGAAGAAGGGGCGGCGCUCCCGGCGGUGUGGGCAGUGUCCGGGCUGCCAGGUGCCUGAGGACUGUGGUGUUUGUACUAAUUGCUUAGACAAACCCAAGUUUGGUGGCCGCAAUAUCAAGAAGCAGUGCUGCAAGAUGAGGAAAUGUCAGAAUCUACAAUGGAUGCCUUCCAAAGCCUACCUUCAGAAGCAAGCAAAAGCUGUGAAAAAGAAAGAGAAGAAGUCAAAGACCACUGAAAAGAAAGAGAGCAAAGAGAGCAGCAGUGUAGUGAAGAAUGUAGCGGAAUCUAGUCAGAAACCUACCCCCGCUGCCAGAGAGGAUCCUGCCCCAAAGAAAAGCAAUAGCGACCCUCCCCCGAGAAAGGUUGUGGAGGAAAAGAGUGAUGACAACACCGUGUCGGCCCCAGCACCAGAAGCCAAACAGGCAACCACUCCUGCUUCCAGGAAGUCAAGUAAGCAGGUGUCACAGCCCGCAUCAGCUCCCCCCGCCCAGCUGCCCAGCACAGCGCCCCCCAGGAAAGAGGCUCCGAAGCCAGCUCCCAGUGAGCCCAAGAAGAAGCAGCCGCCACCGCCUGACCCAGGUCCAGAGCAAAGCAAGCAGAAAAAAGUGGCUCCCCGCCCAAGCAUCCCUGUAAAACAAAAACCAAAAGAAAAGGAAAAACCAUCUCCAGUUAGUAAGCAGGAGAAUGCAGGUACUCUGAACAUCCUCAGUCCUCUCACUAAUGGCAAUAGUUCUAAGCAGAAAAUCCAAGCAGAUGGUGUCCAUAGGAUCCGGGUGGACUUUAAGGAGGAUUGUGAAGCAGACAACGUGUGGGAAAUGGGAGGCUUAGGAAUUCUGACUUCUAUUCCUAUCACGCCCAGGGUGGUUUGCUUUCUCUGUGCCAGUAGUGGGCAUGUGGAGUUUGUCUAUUGCCAAGUCUGUUGUGAGCCCUUCCACAAGUUUUGUUUGGAGGAGAACGAGCGCCCUCUGGAGGACCAGCUGGAAAAUUGGUGUUGUCGUCGCUGCAAGUUCUGUCAUGUUUGUGGAAGACAGCACCAGGCUACAAAGCAGCUGCUGGAGUGUAAUAAGUGCCGAAACAGCUAUCACCCUGAGUGCCUGGGUCCAAAUUACCCCACCAAACCUACCAAGAAAAAGAAAGUUUGGAUCUGUACCAAGUGUGUUCGUUGCAAGAGCUGUGGGGCCACAACGCCAGGCAAAGGGUGGGAUGCACAAUGGUCUCAUGACUUCUCCCUGUGCCACGACUGUGCCAAACUCUUUGCAAAAGGAAACUUCUGUCCUCUCUGCGAUAAAUGUUAUGAUGAUGAUGACUAUGAAAGUAAGAUGAUGCAGUGUGGGAAAUGUGAUCGCUGGGUCCAUUCCAAGUGUGAGAAUCUUUCAGAUGAGAUGUAUGAGAUUCUGUCAAACCUGCCAGAAAGUGUAGCCUACACAUGUGUGAACUGCACGGAGAGGCACCCUGCUGAAUGGCGGUUAGCCCUGGAGAAAGAACUCCAGCUUUCCCUGAAGCAGGUGCUGACAGCCCUGCUAAACUCCCGAACCACUAGUCACUUAUUACGCUACCGUCAGGCUGCCAAGCCCCCCGACUUAAAUCCGGAAACAGAGGAGAGUAUCCCUUCCCGAAGCUCCCCGGAAGGCCCCGACCCCCCUGUGCUUACUGAAGUCAGCAAGCAGGAAGACCAGCAGCCUUUAGAUCUGGAAGGAGUUCGGAGGAAGAUGGACCAAGGGAGCUACACCUCUGUGCUGGACUUCAGUGAUGAUAUCGUGAAGAUUAUCCAAGCGGCCAUGAAUUCCGAUGGAGGGCAGCCAGAGAUUAAAAAAGCCAACGGCAUGGUCAAGUCCUUCUUUAUUCGGCAAAUGGAACGUGUUUUUCCAUGGUUCAGUGUCAAAAAGUCCAGAUUUUGGGAGCCAAAUAAAGUAUCAAGCAACAGUGGGAUGUUACCAAACGCAGUGCUUCCGCCUUCACUUGACCAUAAUUAUGCUCAGUGGCAGGAGCGAGAGGAGAACAGCUACACUGAGCAACCUCCCUUAAUGAAGAAAAUCAUUCCAGCUCCCAAAUCGAAAGGGCCUGGAGAACCAGACUCACCUUCUCCUCUUCUUCCGCCUACACCACCCAGUUUGAGUACUGAUAGGAGUCGAGAAGAUAGUCCAGAACUGAACCCACCUCCAGGCAUAGAAGACAACAGACAGUGUGCGCUGUGUUUGAUGUAUGGUGACGACGGUGCCAAUGAUGCUGGUCGUUUGCUAUACAUUGGCCAAAAUGAGUGGACACAUGUAAAUUGUGCUUUGUGGUCAGCAGAAGUGUUUGAAGAUGAUGAUGGAUCAUUAAAGAAUGUGCACAUGGCAGUGAUCAGGGGCAAGCAGCUGAGAUGUGAAUUCUGCCAAAAACCCGGCGCUACUGUGGGUUGCUGCCUCACCUCCUGCACCAGCAACUAUCACUUCAUGUGUUCCCGAGCCAAGAAUUGUGUCUUCCUAGAUGACAAAAAAGUAUAUUGUCAGCGACAUCGGGAUUUGAUCAAAGGCGAGGUGGUUCCUGAGAACGGAUUUGAAGUUUUUCGAAGGGUGUUUGUGGACUUCGAAGGAAUCAGCUUGAGAAGGAAGUUUUUCAGUGGUUUGGAACCAGAAAAUAUCCACAUGAUGAUUGGCUCCAUGACAAUUGACUGCUUAGGAAUCCUCAAUGAUCUCUCUGACUGUGAAGAUAAGCUCUUUCCUAUUGGAUAUCAGUGUUCCAGGGUGUACUGGAGUACCACAGAUGCCCGCAAACGCUGCGUGUACACUUGCAAGAUUGUGGAGUGCCGUCCCCCAGCGCUGGAACCUGAUAUCAACCGUACGGUGGAGCACGACGAGAAUAGGACCAUCGCCCACAGCCCGACAGCCCUGGCUGAAAUAUCCUCUAAAGAAAGUCAGAACACAGCUGAUCUCCUGAGUCUCUCAUCACCAGACCGACCUCAUUCCCAGACCUCUGGCUCCUAUUACUACCACGUCAUCCCAAAAACCUCCAGGAUUCGAACGCCUGGUUACUCUCCAACACAGAGAUCCCCUGGCUGCCGGCCUCUACCUUCUGCAGGAAAUCCUACCCCGACUACUCAUGAAAUCGUCACAGUGGGGGAUCCUUUACUCUCCUCUGGACUUCGAAGCAUCGGCUCCAGGCGUCACAGUACUUCUUCCUUGUCACCCCAGCGGUCUAAACUCCGAAUAAUGUCCCCAAUGAGAACAGGGAUUUCUCACGCAAGGGACUGUGUUUCCUCCGUCGGAACCAUUGCAGAUCUCGAGUCAAGUGCCAAAGCCACCGAGCAGGCUGUAGGGCCGCUGAAUUCAAGCACCAGCUUAGGGCAGAGCAUUCCCACCUUUUCUAGUCUGCAGAGGACAGCGGGAACUGUGGGCACCAAGGUUAGUCACUUGGAUGGGUCUUCAGCAUCAGAUCUGAAGCAUUCCAGUGCUUCUGACUCUGCAUCCAAGAGCUCCUCUUUGAAAGGAGAGAAGACAAAAAUUCCGGGUUCCAAGAAUUUAGAAGGAGCUACUCAUGGCCUGGUCUACUCUGGCAUUCCAAGACUGGCCCCACACAACUCCACAGUCGGAGAAGUAAAUGCCAGCAAGAUGGGCACUUUCCCUGAACUCUCUUCAGCAUCAUUUGCAUCGAAAGAGGCACUCUCCUUCCCACCGCUUCACUUGAGAGGGCAAAAGAAUGACCGAGAGUCACAGCCAGAUCCAAAUCAACCCACAAAAAUCCUUCCCGACGAAGAGAGUGAAGUAAAAGCCUUUAAGCUGCCCACUACGAGCAGUCGACCGUCCAUCAUAAAUGAACAUGGGGGUUCCAAUUCCAGAGAUAGGAGGCUAAAGGGAAAGAAGGGCUGUAAGGAGAUCUUUAAAGAGAAGCAUUCCAUGCAGGCUUUUCUAGAACCCGGUCAGGUGACAGCCAACGAAGAAGGAAAUCUCAAGCCGGAGUUUGCCAAUGAGGUUUUGGCUCCCGAGUUCAUGGGGCCCCGGCCAUGUAAUAAUGUUUCCUCUGAUAAGCUUGGGGACAAAGUCCUUUCUCAUCCCGGAGUCCCCAAAGGUCUGUCCAUGCAAGCAGAAGGACUGGCGAAGGAAUCACCGGCGUCUCGGAAGCGGACUGUCAAGGUCACACUGACACCUCUGAAAAUGGAAAGCGAGAAUCAGUCCAAGAAUGCUUUUAAAGAAGGCAGCCCUGAUUCCCCUUUGCAGAUGGAGUCAGUGUCCCCACCUGAUGCAGUCACAGCCUCUGAGAGCCCAAGAGAUGGGCCUGUGGCCCAGCCCAGCCCCAACAACAGCUCUCCGCAGGAUUCUCAGAGUAACAACUAUCAGAGUCUGCCCGGGCAGGACCGAGGCCUGCUGCUGCCUGACGGCCCAAAGGCACAGGAGGACGGAGCCUUCAAGAGACGCUACCCACGCCGCAGCGCCCGGGCCCGCUCCAACAUGUUCUUCGGGCUCACACCACUCUACGGAGUCCGGUCCUACGGGGAAGAAGACAUUCCCUUCUACAGCAGCUCCACAGGGAAGAAGCGGGGCAAGCGGUCUGCUGAAGGCCAAGUGGAUGGCGCUGAUGACUUGAGUACAUCGGACGAAGACGACUUAUACUAUUACAAUUUCACCAGGACCGUCAUUGCUGCAGGAACAGAGGACCGGCUGGCUUCACACAGCCUGUUCCGGGAGGAAGAACAGUGCGACCUGCCCAAGAUCUCCCAGUUGGACGGGGUAGAUGAUGGAACCGAGAGCGACACAAGCAUCACGGCCACCACAAGGAAAAGCAACCAGGUUCCAAAGCGAAAUGGGAAAGAGAAUGGGACAGAGAGCUUGAAGAUGGAGAGGCCUGAGGAGGUGGGUGAGAAGGAGCAUGCCAUCAAGGUUGCUGUGGGCCACAAAACUGAGCCCAAGAUGGACAACUGCCAUUCGGCCAGUAGGGUAAAGGCCCAGGGCCAGGACGCCCUGGAAGCGCAGCUCAGUUCGUUGGAGUCCAGCCGCCGAGUCCACACGAGCACCCCCGCUGACAAAGCCCUCUUGGACACUUAUAACACCGAGCUCUUGAAAUCCGACUCUGACAACAACAACAGUGACGACUGCGGGAACAUCCUCCCCUCCGACAUCAUGGACUUUGUCCUCAAGAAUACACCGUCCAUGCAGGCUUUGGGAGAGAGCCCCGAGUCUUCCUCUUCGGAACUCCUGAAUCUCGGCGAAGGCCUGGGUCUCGACAGCAACCGGGAAAAGGACAUGGGUCUCUUCGAGGUCUUCUCUCAGCAGCUGCCUCCCGCUGAACCCGUGGACAGCAGCGUCUCCUCGUCCAUCUCGGCUGAGGAGCAGUUUGAGUUACCGCUUGAGCUGCCAUCUGAUCUUUCUGUUCUGACCACCCGGAGCCCCACUGUCCCAAGCCAGAACCCCAACCGACUAGCCGUCAUCACAGACUCGGGUGAUAAGCGAGUCGCCAUGCCGGAGAAGACGGUCACCUCUUCGGAAGGAGACUCGGCGCUGCUGAGCCCGGGAGUGGACCCAGGCCCCGAAGGCCACAUGACUCCGGACCAUUUUAUUCCAGGACACAUGGACACAGACCACAUCGCCAGCCCCUCUUGUGGGUCAGUGGAGCCAGGCCACGGCACCAAUCAGGAUUUAACACGGAACAGUAGCACGCCGGGCCUGCAGGUACCUGUUUCUCCUUCUGUUCCCAUUCAGAACCAGAAAUAUGUGCCCAAUUCUACUGAUAGCCCUGGCCCGUCUCAGAUUUCAAACGCAGCCGUCCAGACCACUCCACCCCACCUGAAGACCGCCACAGAGAAGCUCAUUGUGGUCAACCAGAAUAUGCAGCCACUUUAUGUCCUCCAAACGCUUCCGAACGGAGUCACCCAAAAAAUACAGUUGACCUCUUCUGUGAGCUCUGCACCCACUGUGAUGGAGACCAGUCCUUCCGUCCUAGGGCCCAUGGGCAGUGGGCUCGCCCUUACCACAGGACUCACCGCAAGCUUGCCGGCCUCUCAGUCUCUGUUCCCCCCAGCCAGCAAAGGACUGCUCCCCAUGCCGCAUCACCAGCACUUACACUCCUUCCCUGCAUCUACUCAAAGUAGCUUCCCGCCCACCAUCAGCAGCCCACCCUCAGGUCUGCUGAUCGGGGUGCAGCCUCCUCCAGACCCCCAGCUCUUGGUUUCAGAAGCCAGCCAGAGGACAGACCUCAGUACCACGGUAGCCACUCCAUCCUCUGGACUCAAGAAAAGACCUAUAUCGCGCCUGCAGACCCGGAAGAAUAAAAAACUUGCUCCCUCUAGUACCCCGCCCAGUAUUGCCCCGUCCGAGGUGGUUCCCAACAUGACACUUAUCAACUUCACCCCCUCCCAGCUCUCAAAUCACCCCAGUCUCUUAGAUUUGGGCUCACUUAAUGCUUCUUCUCACCGAACCGUCCCCAACAUCAUCAAAAGGUCUAAAUCUGGCGUCAUGUACUUUGAACAGGCACCCCUGUUGCCCCAGAGCGUGGGAGGAGCCCCAGCCCCAGCAGCUGGCACGUCCACCAUAAGCUCAGAGACCAGCCACCUCACGUCGGGGUCUGGCUCUAGCUUGGCCUCUGGUUCCUCCGUCCUGAAUGUCGUGUCCAUGCAAACUACAACCACCCCGACAAGUAGCACAUCAGUUCCCAGCCACGCCUCCUUAGCCAACCCCAGGAUGCUGGGCAGCCCUGACAUUGGUUCCAUCAGCAAUCUCUUAAUAAAAGCCAGCCAGCAGAGCCUGGGCAUGCAGGAGCAGCCCGUGGCUUUGCCACCAAGUUCAGGAAUAUUCCCCCAGCUGGGCACAGCUCAAACUCCUCCGAAUGCUGCCAUGACUGCCGCCCCAAGCAUCUGUGUGCUCCCCUCCACCCAGCCGCCAGGUCUGACUGCUGCGUCCCCUCCGGCAGACACAGAGGAGCACUAUUCACUGCGGCAUGGCACCCAGCUCCUGGCCAGCAAGACUGGGCUGCUGUCCUCCCAGCGGGACCACGAGUCGGCACCCGGGACCCAUGGAACCAGCUUCUCCCCACCCGGAGAAGCUCCUAACAGUCUGGGGCUCGAACAGAGCAAGGCACCCCUUUCAACUAUGCACACCAGCUUAGCCUCUCCCGGGGGCUCACCGCCCUCCUCUGGGCAGCCGUCAGCUUCAGCAAGCCCCUCAGGGCCAGGUCCCACUAAACCCAAACCAAAAAACAAACGGAUUCAGCAGCCUUUGGAACGAGGGAAUGGCAAGAAGCACAGAGUUUCCCAUGCGCGACCCAGCUCUACUGAAGCACACAUUCCAGACCAGGACUCGGGGCCCAUGGCUGAGACCUCAGGCCCAGGGACUCCAGGGCCAGAAACAGAGCAGCAACAGCAGGAUCCAGCGGGCACGGAGCAGGCAUCCCCAAUGGCCAGUGGGCAGCCUGCAGGGCAAGCAGCUGUUCUUCCUGAGAGUCAGGCCACACAGAAUCCACCAAGUGAGCCAGAAAGUGCAGAACCUAAACCUGUGGAGGAAGAAGAAAGUCAGUUUAGCUCUCCUUUGAUGCUUUGGCUCCAGCAAGAGCAGAAGCGGAAGGAAAGCAUCGCAGAGAAAAAGCCCAAGAAAGGGCUCGUGUUUGAAAUUUCAAGUGAUGAUGGUUUUCAGAUUUGUGCAGAAAGUAUCGAAGAUGCCUGGAAGUCACUCACAGAUAAAGUCCAGGAAGCUCGGUCCAAUGCCCGCCUGAAGCAGCUUUCCUUUGCAGGUGUGAAUGGUUUGAGGAUGUUGGGGAUUCUCCACGAUGCUGUUGUGUUCCUGGUUGAGCAGCUCUCUGGUGCCAAGCACUGUAGGAAUUACAAAUUCCGCUUCCACAAACCGGAGGAGGCCAAUGAACCCCCCCUCAACCCUCACGGCUCAGCCAGGGCCGAAGUCCACCUGAGGCAAUCAGCAUUUGAUAUGUUUAACUUCCUGGCUUCUAAACACCGGCAGCCCCCUGAGUACAACCCCAAUGAUGAGGAGGAAGAGGAGGUUCAGUUGAAGUCAGCUCGGAGGGCUACCAGUAUGGAUCUGCCAAUGCCUAUGCGUUUCCGGCACUUGAAAAAGACUUCUAAAGAGGCAGUCGGUGUGUACAGGUCUCCCAUCCAUGGCCGGGGACUGUUCUGUAAAAGGAACAUUGAUGCCGGUGAGAUGGUGAUCGAAUAUGCCGGCAAUGUCAUCCGGUCCAUCCAGACUGACAAGCGAGAGAAGUAUUACGACAGUAAGGGCAUUGGCUGCUACAUGUUUCGGAUCGAUGACUCGGAGGUCGUGGAUGCCACCAUGCAUGGGAAUGCUGCGCGCUUCAUCAAUCACUCCUGUGAGCCCAACUGCUACUCUCGAGUCAUUAACAUCGAUGGGCAAAAGCACAUCGUCAUCUUUGCCAUGCGCAAGAUCUACCGUGGGGAGGAACUCACUUAUGACUACAAGUUCCCCAUCGAGGAUGCCAGCAACAAGCUGCCCUGCAACUGCGGCGCCAAGAAAUGCCGGAAGUUCCUAAACUAAAGCUGCUCUUUUUUCCCCGGUGGUUUAGUCCUCGGACCCGGAGCCACCCAGCGCAACACUGAAGGCCUUUGCCAGGAGCUGGGAGCUCCAGGACAUCUGGUGGGGACAGUGGAAGGGCCUCCUGCCCGCUGUGCUCCCUCACGUCCCUUCCUGACAUCGGACAUGUGGUCACCAUCCUGGAGAGAGAGAGAGAGACGAGUCUUGAAGAGAAGAUUCAGGACAGCUUUCCACUAGGGCCCCUUGAUGGAAGGCCAUUGAUUCUUGGUGGGAAGCCUCGUGAGGGGUGGUUAUCCUGGGAGAGGAAGUCUCCUCACCUGGGCCCUCCCCCCAGCACUGUAUGUGAGGGGUCCAGCAAAGCCCCAAGCACAGGGCUGGCGGGACCCAGCCUGCAGGCAUCUGUUGAGCAAAGAGACCAGGUCUGGGGGAUGGGGGUCCCCUAGUAUUCUCCCACUUGAGAGCUCACUUUUGGUGGGAGACAGACUUCUUAGCACCUUUGGUGUCAACAGGCUGUCUUGGGGUUGUGCCAAUGAAUUACCAAACAUUGAGCCUGUGGGCGUGUUACCCCCAUGAGCCUUAUCUCAGCCACUUUCCCUCGUGACCGUAGGAGCCGCUUCCUCUCAUUCCUUCUCUUCACUCCACUUCCUUGUCUCCCCGCCCUCCAUCACCCUGCUUUCCCAUUCCUUCUGGUUGGUAGGGGAGAGGGACCUCCUGUCAGGAGUGGCACCCACACCUCUCAAACGUGCCCUCAGCCUCUGAGCACCCCCGCGGGGAAGUGGACAGGACCUACUGGCCAUAACCAGACAAUUUGGAGACGUUUUCCAUUAUGCUCCACGAGCGUUACAAAAAAUAGAUGUAGCAUGAUUUUUUUUUUGUAGAUGAAGUAAAAAAGAUUAUUUAAGUAGUAUUUGAAUCAUGCCACAGCCAGAGUAUCCCCACAGGAUGUUCCCUGACACCCCCCCCCACUUCCCCAGAUUUCCCCAGACCCCAGUCCUGGGACAGGGUAACUUUCUCUCUCCCCACCCACGUCCCCACCCAGUAAGACAUAGGAAGGCGUACUUUUAAGUGGUGGUGCCCAGUGGAAGGCAGAACACUAAUCAGAUUUCAAGGCCCGAAACUUAGGGGACCCAAGCACCCCAUGUGGAGGAGCUUGCCACAGUCCACAGAUGAAGGACAUCACGUGACGCCACUGCCCGAUCGAUGGCUCCUUGGGAUGUGGCCGAGACAGCGUCGACCGUUCCUUCUCUUCCUUCCCACAAGACCCGAACCUGUUAAAUUAAGUCAUCGGAUCUUACUCUGUUCUGUUUACAGUUUACUAUUUAAGGUUUUAUAAAUGUAAAUAUAUUUUGUAUAUUUUUCUAUGAGAAGCACUUCAUAGGGAGAAGCACUUAUGACGAGGCUAUUUUUUAAAACCGCGGUAUUAUCCUAAUUUAAAAGAAGAUCGGUUUUUAAUAAUUUUUUAUUUUCAUAGGAUGAAGUUAGAGACAAUAUUCAGCCGUACACACAGUCUGGUUUUUUCCUGCCCAGCUUCCCCCGGAAGGUGUGCUUGUUUGAUGUGUCACUGUGUGUGCUCUGUUGACAUACACGUCUCCUGGGUUUGCUCUCUUACAAUACACAGGGAAGGAUGGUCCCCGCCCCAUGGGCCUGCCCUCCUUCCCGUCCUGAAGCUCCUCCAAGGCUGGCUAGGAUCUUGCCACAGCAGUUUUCUCUCCUCUCCUCCUCCAUCUCUCUCUUCUUCCCUUCCUCCUUCCAAGUUAGCAGCCAAGUUCACUGGCAACCUUGACAUUGUCCAUCACCAUCUGCCUCAUAGGUCACCUCGUUCGCGGUCCCCUCUGUCCACCACGUCCUCGGACCCCAUCCCAGCCCUGGUUGGGGGCAGCCCGUUGAAACUGAAGCACAGUCUGACCACUCACGAUCAAGCAGGUGUCUCUGACCCGAGAUGGUUCGCUCACUGGGCCACUCGGAGCUGGGUCGUCCUGGUGGGGCCAGGGUAGCCCCUUCCCUUCCUCGGAGGUCAGUGAAGCAAUACGACUCCGCCCAGCCCGGCUCUGCCGUGCCUUCCAUCCUUGACUCCCUGUGCUUCCGUCACCUUCUGAACUUUGGUGGCUCUGCUGGCACAUUGUCACUGUUCCCACUGUCCUACAGGGAGCCCAGCACUGUGGCCAGGACGGCAGAGAUUUCCUUGUCCUCGUGGAGAAGUGCCAGCAGGGGACGGGAAAGCGCUCUACCCAGACCUCACCUCCCUUCCUCCUCGCCCGUGAACAAGACACAAUGGCCCCAAGGCCCCACUCGUGUCUGGUUUCCUUGAUUAUUGCACUGUGUGAGGUUUUUGGUUUUCUUGUUUUUUGUUGGUUUUGUUUUUUUUUUUGGUAAAUCCUUUAUUUUUCUUUUUUCUUUUUUUUUUAAGAAAGAACCUUAAGCUGCAUUUGUUACUGAGAUGAUUAAUGCACUGAUGGGUCAUGAAAUCACCUCAAGAACGACCCAAAGGCCAGUCGGGGGUUGGGGGGGGAAACUCAGCUAAAUAGACCUAGUUACUGCCCUGCUAGGCCAUGCUGUACUGUGAGCCCCCUCCUCUUUCUCCCCUAAACCCAGACCCUCAGGCUGGGGAGGAGCCACAGAGGCCUUCUCCCGCCAGCCACAGAUGCCUUCGAGCUCCCCGGCAGCCACAGAAGUGACCCCAGCAUCCUCGUCUAGCUCCGCCUUGAGUCCAUUGCCAAAAUCACAUCUGCCAGCACCCGGGGCCUCCGCCAAGGGGUCCCUUACCAGAGGGAAGGCAAAAGCCAAAGUGGCAUAGCUUUCUGUCCCCGAAACAGCCAGCUCCGCGGCGUGGACAGUAACCAAGGCACUCUCCGCACAAAAGUGCAGACUGAGGAACUGUCGUGGGUCAUUCCCCAGGACCCCACGAGGUAUCCCCAAACUCUUCAGGAGUCACAGCUGCAAACCUGGCCGAUUCCCAGUGUGGGCCAGCUCCCUUAGAGCUUUGCUGCUAGACCUGUUGUGGCUGCAUUUCCUGGUAGCCAGUGCCAACUGCGUGACCAGGAUGGCUGCAUGGCGCUGACCCUUUGGCCGGAACUUGAUCCCCUGGUCCCCCUGUGUUACAGUUCACCACCUCCAGCCAGCCCCUCUGGUUUCCAGGCCAAUAACAAUGAAGGGGGAGCUCCGGCAGCUAUCUCUACAUUUUCAACCAGAUCCUUUGUUGGGCUUCAGCCCACCCGCCCUCCUUACCCCUUGUCACUCCCCGGCCAGCGCAGUGGGCACCAUGCAGCUCCCUUGAUUUAAAAAAAAAAAAUACAACAAAACACAAUCUUUUAAUGAAUGUAUCUUUCUAAAGGACUGACUUCAAUCAAAUAUCUGAAAAUACUAAGGUCAAAACCUUGUCAGAUGUUAACUCUUUUAAGUUCGAUUUGGGAUUCUUUUCUAAUAGAGAUCAAGUUUGCAGGUUUUUUUUGUUGUUUUUGUUGUUCUUAAGGAAAAGCGGGUUCAUGCAAAGGGCUGGGUGUAAUUUUAUGUUUGAUUUUCUUCAGUUUUAAAGCAAUACAAGGUUAUUGAGCAGAUGGUUUUGUGCCGAAUCAUGAAUACAAAUACUAGUUAAGUCUCACACUCUGAAAACUUGCAACUUUUUUGUUUUGGUUUUCAAAUAAAUAUAAAUAUGAUAUAUAUAGGAACUAAUAUAGUAAUGCACCAUGUAACAAAGCCUAGUUCAGUCCAUGGCUUUUAAUUCUCUUAACACUAUAGAUAAGGAUUGUGUUACAGUUGCUAGUAGUGGCAGAAAAAUAUCAGUCUGGCUGACUCUGGUCCCCAAACAGGAAACUGGACCUGAUCGGGAAUCAGCAGCACAUUCCCAGGACCAGAGCGAAAUGCAGAAAUGGGGUCACCUGGAUUUUUUUCUGCCCGUGAAUGUUGCCAGUCAGUACCUGUACUCCUUGUUUCUCUAUUUUUGGUUAUGAAUGUUGGGGUUACCACCUGCAUUUAGGGGAAAAUUGUGUUCUGUGCUUUCCUGGUAUCUUGUUCCGAGGUACUCUAGUUCUGUCUUUCAACCAAGAAAAUAGACUUGUGGUGUUUCUUUUAUUGAACUUUUACAGUCUCUUUAGCAAAUACAGGUAGUUGAAUAAUUGUUUCAAAAGCUCAACAGAUGACAAGCUUCUUUUCUAGAAAUAAGGCAUUUCUUGACAACUUUAUCAUGUAUAACAGAUCUUUUCAGUUUUUGUUUUUGUUUUUUUUUUCCUUGUGUUCUUCCAAGCUUCUGGUUAGAGAAAAAGAGAAAAAAAAGGAAAAAAAAAAUGUGUCUAAAGUCCAUCAGUGUUAACUCCCUGUGACAGGGACGAAGGAAAAUACUUUAAUAUUCAAAAAUAAUAAUGCUGAAAGCUCUCUACGAAAGACUGAAUGUAAAAGUACAAAGUGUACAUAGUUGUAAAAACAAAGGAGUUUUUAAACAUGUUUAUUUUCUAUGCACUUUUUUUUAUUUAAGUGAUAGUUUAAUUAAUAAACAUGUCCAGUUUAUUGCUGCA